GGUGGGCGUGGUGAGGGAGCCCUCGUAGCGGAAGAAGUUCCUGGUGUUGGCCGGCAGCAGGUUAUGAAGCGGGAAGGGCUCGAUCUCUCCCUCUGUCUCUGCGGGAGGCAGCUGGAGGGCCAUCGGAGGACACACCAGGGGAGGGAUGAGCCGUCAGCAGGGUGCCGCAACGCCUGAGAUGACUCCUCGCCCUUGCUUCACCCCAGUGGCAGGCAGACGCCAUCAUGACAGUCUGCCGCUGGACCAAGAAGACUCCAACACACACACACACACACACACACACACACACACACACACAGUUUGCAAGCCUCAGAUGUACAAUUUUCCCGGACACAAACGACAGAGACGAAAGAGAAGAACAAAAACAACAGUCAAACCAAACAAAACAUCUCCCUCAUCAGGACCAACACACCUGAAAUAGUGGUACAGCUCCUCCACCGCGUCUCCACCAAUCCCCGGCGCGGAGGGAGGCCGGCGGCUGCUCGGGUGGGCGGCGCGGCGGCUUCCUGGAGGUCAAGAGGAACUGCCGCAGAGGAGCCGCCGCUGGACCAGUCUUGAGGAGGCUCCGCGCGUGUGUGGAGCAUCCUGACGCAACACCGCCAUGACCUUGCUCAACGCGCUAUCUGUGCGCUGGUUGGUGCCUGCCGUCCUGCCCUUCCUGCGUCUCCUGCUCACAGUCUUCCCCGAGGGCCCCCAUCCGGACCACUACCCCUCCCCCAGCACCCCCAGGCCAGAUUAUGACUUCGUGAUAGUGGGUGGCGGCACAGCGGGCAGUGCGUUGGCGGGGAGGCUGUCGGAGGUGCCGGAGUGGCGGGUGCUGUUGCUAGAGGCGGGAGCGGCGCCCCCCGUGGAGAGCAUCGUGCCGGGCUUCAGCCGCGUCUUCUACUUCCCCUCCGACAACAACUGGGCCUUCAACCUUCACCCGCAGCGCCACGGUCUCCUCAGCUACAGCAACAGGAGCAGUCCGGUGCCGCAGGGGCGCGUGCUGGGCGGCUCCUCGGCCAUCAACGGGAUGCUGUACGUGCGCGGUAACAGGAGGGACUUCGACAACUGGGCGUCGCUAGGCAACCCCGGCUGGGACUACGAGAGUGUGCUGCCCUACUUCAAGAAGAGCGAGGGCUACCGCGGCCCACCCCUACAGGACACAGAGGCGUACCACGGGCGUGAGGGGCCGCUGACGGUGGUGCCGAAGAAGGGGGAGCACCUGCAGUACACGGAGGCCUUCCUCAACGCCGGCCUGCAACUCGGCUUCAAGACCGUCGACCCCACAGGACCGGCGCAGAUCGGUUUCGCACCCACGGACUACACCAUCAGGGGGGGGGAGAGGUGGCACACAGCCCGGGCCUACCUCAAGCCUGCCGCACGCCGCCCCAACCUGCACAUCCUGAAGCGGGCCACGGUGCUGAGGGUAAUCUUCAACGAGCACAAGCGAGCGGUGGGGGUCGAGUACAAGCACAAAGGCAAGGUGUGGCGGGUGUCGGCAGCGCGGGAGGUGGUGUUGUCUGCGGGCGCCCUUCUGUCCCCAAAGCUGCUGAUGCUGUCUGGCCUGGGUCACCCCUCCGCCCUUGGACUUCACGGGAUCCCCGUGGUGGCUGACGUGCCGGGCGUGGGCCAGAACCUGCAGGACCACAUGUGCCUGUACGGCCUCACCUGGACGGUCGGGCCCCACCUGCCCAACACCGCCAAGGACAUCUUCAGCCCCAAGCAGAUCAGCGACUAUGUUCACUACCGCAAAGGAGCCUUCACGUCACCCAUUGGUCAGUUCGGUCACGCCUGGGCCAAGGUGUCGGAAGAGAGCGGCGACCCGAACUGGCCGGACAUUCAGCUGUACAUGGCGUCCUCGGGCCUGGCUCAGGAGGGCGUGCUGGCCAGUGUUGCUCUAGGCCUCGACAAGCAGAAAUACCUGGACCAGUACGCACCGCUGUUCGGAACCACGGGGAUGACCAUCAUGCCCUACCUCAUGCGUCCCAAGAGCCGUGGGUCCGUGGUGCUCCGGUCACGUGACCCCCUGGACCCCCCCGUCGUGGACCCCAACUACCUGAGCCACCCCGACGACGUGCACACCCUCGUCAACGGCAUCAAGCUGGCCCUGAAGGUUGGGAAGACGCCGGCCUUCGCCAAGGGCCUGGGAGCCCAACUCUACAAGAAGCCUCUGUGGGGGUGCGCCGGCCACGCCUUCGGGAGCGACGACUACUGGGCCUGCUUCGUGAGGAACAUGGCCACCACCUUCUACCACUUCGCGGGGACAUGCAAGAUGGGCCCCGCCACGGACUCCUUCAGCGUGGUGGAUCACAACUUGAGGGUGCGGGGCGUGGCCGGCCUGCGGGUGGUGGACGCCUCGGUCAUGCCGGUGGUCGUGUCGGGCAACCCCAUGGCUGCCAUCAUCAUGAUCGCCGAGAAGGCCGCGGACCUCAUCAAGGAGGAGUGGUUGGCGGGCGCGGCGGAGCCCCAGUACUCGCCCAGCGGCCACCCGCACCAGCACCACUCAGCCACGCCGUCGCCGCCGUCCUCAGGUUACCACAGCAUCAUUAGUUAGCGUCGGCAAGGUGAAGGCGGCAGGCGGGAAGGGGCGGGAGAAGUGUUACAAAUGUUACUCAAACGAUUUUUCAUACUCCGGUAGCCCGGCGGCAGAUGUGCUGACGGUGCCGACCUGUGAGUGGUGCGACACACAUCUGUGACACACCACACCCAGGCACCACCACCGCCAAGGCCCGGAGAAGCCACCACCACCGCCGCCGCCGCCUCUGCUGCUGUCCCAGGCCUCUGUGCCGUGCCAUAACUUUUUGUAGUGUUGCGUGGAGCGAGAGGGCGCUUGCCGGGCACCAGUGGGGUUGCAUUUCGUCUCCCGACAUUAGUUUUCUGCUUGGUAGUAGUGGGCGUUCAUUACUGGAAGAAAGAGAAAUUAUUAAAACAAGGAACUUAAAUAAGAUACCGUCAAAAGUGCCGUUGUGAAGCCUGUGCUUCGAAAUAACAACUCACUCAGUGUGAGACGUCUCGCGAAGCAGGAGAGCGUCAGUGUCCCGCCGCCACUCACUGCACGCGGCGCCGCGCACGUCGGGGAGGGCAUGGCAGACCAAGCGGGUAAGCAGUCAGUGUACUCGUGUAGCAGAAAGCAGUCGAACCUGUUCUUGCCCUGGACUCAUAACUUUAUCUAAGCAUCAAAGUCUUGGGACACAUGAGACAGAUCGACAGGAGGGUGCCCUUUUGGGCAGAAAAGUGUCCCUUUCCUAGCUAGAUGUAAUUUUCUGAUCUCCACUUUCUGAUGCCCGCCGAGAAGUGGACAUGACAUGUCCCAUCGUUCCUCUAAGGAGUAUGAGAGAUCUCAGACAACACAGGAUCAGAGCCUACACAAUGGUCUGCACACUCAGAACUAAACAAUCUUUCUGAUCAAGUUAUUUCCAUUUUUACUAGAAGUCAACAAACCACUGGGCUUUUUGCUUAUAUAUCUUUUGAAGCUUUACUCAUUUUUUCCUUGCCACGUUUCAUUGUUCAUAAAUGGUGUAGAUAUCAAGCUUUCACUGUUGUUGCAUUCUGGCUCCCUGUGGCAUUGUCUGUUGUUGUUGUUGUCUAAUCUAUGGCAACAUUGGCCUUGUUCCUCUGAGCAGCUGUGAUCACCUUUGUUGAACUUCAGCUUUUCUUACGGUUUGAGAGAAGCGUGAAGGAAGCCUGACCAAGAUAAUGAAGAGUUGCAUUAGACAUGUAAAUAUUGUGGAGUCAUUAUACUUUAAGUACUUCGUAUUCACCCUCAGCACUGUUAAUUGUGGUGUACAGAGGUGCUGGUGAGGUGGUGGGGUGUUCGUGAGCCUGGUGUUGGGCAGGUGUUGCUGGUAUACUUAUGUUCGGGGUGGUGAGGGCGUGGUGUUGCCUAGUUCCCCUGCCCCUCCCCUCCUCCUCCCAUCCCCCGCCGCCGUCAGCAUAUUGGAUUUGGGGGUGAAUGUUCUGUUUGUGAGUGUAUAUAUGUAUACAGUAUCCUUAAUAUCCUGUAAAAAGAACAUGUACAUAUUGUUGUUGCUUGUAGUGUCAAUGUUGUUCGUGGAUCUUGUGUUUGGUUAUAAAAAUCCUCCUUGUGAUGUUA